AUGUUGACUGGACCUAACACAAGUGGGUUUGGAUGGGACACUAUGAGGAAGUGCGUUACUGCUAAAAAUGAUGUGUGGGAUGCAUAUGUGCAGAGUCAUAAGGGGGCAAUUGCUUGUAGAAACAAAUCAUUUCCAUACUAUGAAGACCUUUGCAUUGUGUAUGCAAAAGACCAUGCUACUGGUAAAGAUGCUCAAGCACCUAUAGAUGUUGUUGAAGAACUAGAAGCAGAGAAAAAUGAUGAGAAAUUAGAUGAUAUUCCUGAAGACGUGGACUGCACGCAAAUUCCCACCCCUGGCAAUAACGGGGAAGAACAGAAUGCUCGAAAAAAGAAAAGAAAAAUUCGAAGUGGUGAAGAUAAUAUGGUAGAAGCAAUGAAAGAAGUUACAAUCAUUCUUGCUGCUCAGCUAAAGGAUGCAUCAGAUAACCUUAACAAGGCAGUUAUUGGAGUAGUAGCAGUUGAAAGUAGGUCCAAAAUCAAUGAUGAAUUACUAAAACUACUUGGCCUUACAACUAAGGAGUGUCACAAGGCAACUAAAUUGAUUGCUUGUCAACAUGAACUAAUAGAUGUUUUCUUGAGCAUGUUGGAUGUUGAGAAGGAAGAAUGGGUGAAAGGCCUUAUUAAUGGUGACUUUUGA